GGGGUUAAGACCGAGGAGGGUGUGGAUUAGCGUUUUCCUGUCUUGACAGCCUGUAUAUACAGCAGGCAGACCUGCCGGCUGGCUGCACAGAGUUCACUUCCCUUGCUUGCCCCAAAAUCUUCUGGCGCUCAGAUGUUAUUGAAGAUGCUGUCAUGCUUUUAAAGGGGAGCAGAAGGACAAUUGUGGAGUGGCAAGCAUCCAACGGUGUUCUUUCUUCACAGAAAGAUUUCACUCCUCAUUGGAAGCGUGGCUGAAUUCUAAUAUACAGAAACAAAUAAGCAAGUAAACUGGUUUCCAGCACUGCAGAAGAGAUUGUGGAAGAGUAGCUAAAUCUUCAUGUGGGACAACCAUAUACCUUUUCUCUAGGGUGUGGUGUUGGAGAAAAUUCUGCUAAUUCUUUUAACCUGUUAGUCAUAAAUCUGUUUAUGCAAUUAUUGCAGACCGAAAACAUCCUGGUUUUGGAAAUUGCCCAAUAUCUGAAACUGUGGCUACAGAAUGAGGCCUCCUUCUCCAGGAGAUGGACUUUCCCCUCUGGGUCUGCUCACACGAGGGCCUGACUACUUGCGUAAGCAGCUGGAGAUGAGCGGUGGUGGGCGGACGCCAAGUGCCGUGGAGAGGCUGGAGGCUGACAAAGCCAAAUAUGUCAAGUCUCGGCAAGUGAUCAACAGUCGUCAGGAGCCAAUUCUGCUCAGCCACACUCCCCAGUCUUCCCCUUGCUGCAGGAGACCCCUAACCCUCCACCAGCAGAGUGAAUGUCCUCAGGGCUUGACAGCAGACCAUGAUGGCCUCAGACCCAAGAAGCAGCCCCCUUCCCCUCAGUCCCCCAUAGCGCGGCGAGGGGGCAGCAGGCGUCUACUGAGGCCUGAUUCACUUGUCAUCUACCGGCAAAAACGCGACUGUUCUCUGGUCAACAAGGAGAACAGCAAAGGGUACAGCCUAAUGAGGUGGCUGUUUCAGAGUCCACUGAGAGAUGGACAUCAUAACUGUCCUUCAAGGAGUCUCUUUGGAGAUGGACACCUGGAAGUGACCCAAGAAGAGAACGCCAUGAUUUGGGUACCUGCAGAGAAGGACGACACAAGGACUGCACAUUCAGUGGACCUCCUAGAUGGAUUCAUGGGUUGUGAGUCUGAGCCUAGUCAAAAACCCCAGGCCAGCUCUCAGCUCAAUGUUGACCAGCCCUUUCCUUCCUCAGGCUAUUACCAAACAGAAGCCAAGAAAGAGCUGACUCUGAGUUAUUCUCUUCCUCUUUCAGAGAAAGAACGGUUCUUUAAUUACUGUGGCUUGGACCGGAAUUUGGUAGAGGUGCUUGGAGUUGAACGCUUCAAACCAGGCAGCUGGGAAGCUGGUUCCUUCUGCAUUGGGUCAGCUAGUUCUGAACACGAUGGCCUUUCCUAUAGUGGGGAGCCCUUUUCUACUGAAGACCCAAGCGACAAGCUGUCUUCAUCGGUCUCCGUCGUGGAGCGAAAUGCCCGUGUCAUUAAAUGGCUUUACAGCUGUCAGCAGGCCCAAACGAGAUCCAAAGAAUCUACAGUAUGAACUCAUAAAGAUCUGGGGUCCAAGGCUCUCCCUUUAUCCCAAGGGAGGGGAAGUCCUGUUUGGGAGGGGAUGGCAAUGUUCCCACCAGGGCAAACACAGCAGGGAGAAGCUACUAUCUGUCACCCGAUGUGUCUUUCUCAAAGGAAUACAGAUAGUCCUUGACUUACAACCAUCCUUUAAGUGGCUAUUCGAAGGGACUUAUGAUCAUUUUUCACAAUUAUGACCAUUGCAGUAUGUCCACGGUCACAGGAUCAAAAUUUGGACACUU